AUGUUUUACAGCCACAAGACACUCAAUAUGGAGUGCCGACAAUUUGGCCAGGCCCUGGGUGCCGACCGCAAAUACCUCCGCAGUCGAGGUCGGACCCAGGGUCUGGAGAUGAGGAGCCGAAAUACAAGGUUUCCGUAUGGGUCCUUGUUCUCAACCAUUGAGAACAAGGACCCAUACGACGAAGAAAACGACAUGAGAAUUGGCAUAGAUGCCCGUCUACUUGGAGAGGAGGAGAGGAGGAGAGGAGGAGAGGAGGAGGAGAACUUGAUCGAUUGCAACGACGUAGAUUCCACUCUUGACUUAAAAUUGGUGUAG